AUGGAGACCAGGCACAGWCCCGAGUGGAAGAUGCGGCUCUUGGAAAACAUCGAGGAGGCUGGCGGGAAAGCUGGGAAGGACUCUGGGAAGACCAAGACCAAAGCAGUGUCCCGUUCCCAACGGGCUGGCUUGCAGUUCCCCGUUGGCCGCAUCCACAGGCACCUGAAGUCUAGGACAACCAGCCAUGGGCGUGUAGGAGCUACAGCUGCUGUGUAUAGUGCUGCAAUCCUGGAGUACCUGACAGCUGAGGUCCUUGAGCUGGCAGGAAAUGCAUCCAAAGACUUGAAGGUGAAACGUAUCACUCCCCGUCACUUGCAGCUUGCCAUUAGAGGAGAUGAGGAGCUGGAUUCUCUGAUCAAGGCAACAAUUGCUGGUGGUGGUGUAAUACCACAUAUCCACAAGUCUCUCAUUGGCAAGAAAGGACAACAGAAGACUGUCUAAAGGAUACCAGGAUUCCUUGUUAUCUCAGGACUUGAAGUACUUAAUUUGUCCAGUGUUGGUGAUUCCAGUGGACUGUAUCUGUGAAACACAAUUUUGCCUUUUUUUAACUUUAAGAAGCUAAAGCUCCCUUGAGCUUUCUAACACACCAAAUUUCUGCAUUGAAGUCUUAACCAUAUUUAAGUGUUACCAUGGCUUCAAAGAAGCUAUUGUGUUUGUAGUGGGUUUUAAUUGAGCUGACUGUUUGUAGAUUGGUUUAAGUAAAGGAAAUGUUUGGUUUUGUACAGACUUUUCAUCUACUAGAGUGGAAAUACUCAAUAAAUGUUAUGUCAAGAUUGA